UAAGAAAUAAAGAAACUACAACAUGAAGACUCAGCUACUUGUACUAGCAGUGUUCUUGGUCAGUUUGGCAUAUGCUGACUUUUUCCAUAACAUUCAAGAAGGAGAUCCAUGCAGCACGUACCAGCAGUGUAGACAAAAGGAGCUAAUAAGUGAGGAAACUACUCCUUGCACAAACUGUAGAGGGCCCAAUGUUUGUGUAACAGCAAGGAAAUACAUGAAGAGCUACUACAGUGGAGUGUAUGAGAAAAGAUGUGAAUCCUAUUACAGCUGGUAUCACGGGAGAUACAGGAAAUACUGCCAUUGGGAGUGUGUUGCUACUCAAAAUUGUACUGACACAAAAAACGUUACAAAGAAUGAGUAUGACUGUUGUCCUGGUUUCACGACAAACACAACAGGGAGUGGCCAUUAUUAUGACUCCUGGUUUAGGGAGAGUAAAUGGUACUUAAAAAGACAUGGCUGUCCAAGAGUUUUGUACAAUUCGACAUUUGAUUGCUUGUCUCAGCUUGGAUUGACUGCAUUUGCUGAUCUUCUCAGUGAUUCUCUGCAAGAUAGUCUAGAGUCAGACAACAGUUCCUUCACCAUAUUUGCUCCUCCAAAUGAGAUCCUUAACCAAAGGAACCUCGGGUCUCUCUCUUCUUCUGAAAUCGAUGUUCUCACCAAGUCACAUAUUCUCAAUAAGGAGAUUCAUUUCCCUAUGCUCUACAAUGGACUCAAGAAAAUGUCGCUCUCACCUGGUAGAUUUGUUUUCGUUUCACAAUCUUACAAUUAUGAAACUUUUACAUUCAAAAAAGAUACUUACAUCAGUGGCGUAAAAUUGAUAGCACCUGAUGCCUGUGUUGCAGUCAAUGGUGUCGUUCACAUAAUAGAAGGAGUGAUUGAAAGCUCUGACCAGACAAUUGCUGAAGUCGUAUCAGCUACACCUUCAUUCUCAACAAUGGAGUCCCUACUAGUAAAAGCUGACCUCCUAUCAUCACUAAACAAUACUCAUGGCUUCCCAACAACCUUGUUUGUCCCUGAUAAUGACGCCUUUAAACAGGGAAGCUCAGACCUCAUGGUGGACAUAGUCCAGUGUCUGCUAGCUGACGAAAACAUGAGGAGCUUGAAGAAGUUCUUGAAAUAUCAUUACACUUGUGAUGCAUUCUUUAGCUCUAUUCUAGUGAAAAAGACUCAGCUGACAACAGAGGCUUGCCAGAGACGCUGGUCAAGACGGUACUGGUAUUAUUACAGACACUGCAAGACCGUGGCUAUCAAUGUGAACGAUGAUGGUAUCCAGGUUGGAGAGAGUGGUAGCCUCAUCGAAGAAGCUGACAUACAAGCAACGAAUGGAGUGAUGCAUCAGAUUAGUCUACCAUUGAUUAACCCAUGGCUGGAUCUUGAGAAACUAUGCAGCGAUUUUCCUUAUUCUCCGGUUUCCCCGUCUCCCAGCUCAACUCCUCCUUCUGCUUCGGCUUUUCCUCCUCCUCCUCCUCCUCUUCUACCUUCACCAACCACAAUUCUUAACUGAUAAGGAUGGUGAUUGGAAAUAACGAACAAUUUUUAAAAAUGCUACUAAUUAUUAUAUUAUAAUAUUUUUAUUGUUUAUUUGUCAGCUGUCAUUAUUUUUAGAAUAGAUUUAUUUUUUAGUAUAAGAUUAAAACUGCUAAUUAAAAUUGCAAACAUUCUAUGAUAUUCAUAUUAAA